GAUACUUAGAUGAUACUAGAAGUCUAGAACUGAAUCAACGCCGCAGCCAGAUGGCGAUCACCCCGUAUUAGUAUUCUUUCCUUGUUUCUUUGCUUUGCUUGGCCUAGGGUUUGUGGGAUUGGGAUUCGGCAUCGUCGGCCAUGGACGGCGUGCCCUCGACGCCGGGGAAGUUCAAGACCGAUAAGCCUUAUCACCAGCGUCUCCUCCUCCAGCGCUGGAUCCACAACCACCGCCCCGCCUUCUGGGUUCUCAUCGCCCUCUCCCUUCUCGCCAUCGUGCUACUCUUCUCCCCACGCUCUUCCUCCCCCUUGAUUUCUUCUCGCCGCCACCUCUCCACCUCCACCCUCGCCCCCUGGGGCGGCCCCGACUGGGAGAAGCGCGUCCGGGCCUCCGCCCGCGUCCGUCCCUCCUCCUCCCGCCGCUCCAUUUCCGUCCUCGUUACCGGCGCUGCCGGCUUCGUUGGAAGUCAUGCCUCCCUCGCCCUAAAGCGCCGCGGCGAUGGCGUCCUUGGCCUUGAUAACUUCAACGACUACUACGACACUUCCCUGAAACGUUCCCGCCAAACCCUCCUCGAUCGCGCGGGCGUCUUCGUCGUCGAGGGCGACAUCAAUGAUCCUGAUCUCCUCCGCAAGCUUUUCGACGUCGUCCCUUUCACUCAUGUCCUCCAUCUCGCCGCACAGGCCGGCGUCCGCUACGCCCUCCGCGAUCCCGCAUCCUACGUCCGCUCCAACGUUGCUGGCCUCGUCUCCAUUCUUGAAGCCGCCCGCUCCGCCUCCCCUCAGCCUGCCAUAGUCUGGGCCUCUUCCUCGUCCGUCUACGGCCUCAAUUCCAAAGUACCCUUUUCGGAAUCCGACCGUACCGACCGCCCUGCCUCCCUCUAUGCCGCUACUAAGAAAGCCGGUGAGGAGAUCACUCAUGCCUACAACCACAUUUACGGCCUCUCCAUCACCGGCCUCCGAUUCUUCACUGUCUACGGCCCUUGGGGCCGUCCUGACAUGGCAUACUUCUUCUUCACCAAAGACAUCCUCCGUGGCAAGCCCAUCUCCGUCUACGAGGGCCCCAAUCACACCAAUGUCGCUCGCGACUUCACCUACAUCGACGACGUCGUUAAUGGUUGCCUUGCUGCCCUCGACACCGCUCAGAAAAGCACUGGUACCGGCGGGAAGAAACGCGGUCCGGCGCAGCUACGCCUUUACAAUCUUGGCAAUACCACGCCAGUGUCCGUCGGAGAGCUGGUAGGGAUUCUCGAGCGGCUACUCAAAGUGAAAGCUAUCCGAAAGGUGAUGAAGAUGCCAAGGAAUGGGGACGUGCAGUUCACCCAUGCCAAUAUCAGCCUCGCACAGAGGGAGCUCGGCUACCGGCCCUCCACCGACCUUGAAACGGGGCUCAAGAAGUUCGUUCGCUGGUACCUAGACUACUACUACUCUCGAUCAUCCUCUCUGCAAAAGAAAUUCUCCAGCAUUGGUGGCCGGUUGACAUCCUCAUGAACAGGGACAACUUUGUUGAUUCAGGGAAGGGAAAAUGCACACAUUAUUUGUUUUAUCUUUAGGCAUUUCAAAUUUCUUUCUUUCUUUCUUUUU